GGACGGGCUGGAGCCGCCUUACAGUGUGGUGCCCUGAGAGUUGUCAAGGUUUUGAUUGUGGAGUAUUCGAGAGGGGAGCAAGGGCGGCUACGCUUGUACAAUGCCGAAUAAAACGAAAAAGGACAAGGAGGCCCCCAAGUCUGGCAAAGUGGGCAAGAGUGGAGGGCAAGAGAAUACAGAUCAUGAGCAGAGCUCUAACAGGAAGACUGGCAACAGUGUUCCCCCCACAACUCAGCUGCUAAAAGGGAAGCAGCCAGGUUCUCAGACACCUGUCAAAAAGGACAAGAGGCAGAGCUCCUCUCGCUUCAGCCUGAGCAACAACAGGGAGCUACAGAAGCUGCCUGCUUUCAAAGAUGUUCCCCCUGCAGAGCAGGAGAAGUUGUUCAUCCAGAAGUUGCGGCAGUGCUGCGUCUUGUUCGAUUUUGUCUCGGACCCACUGAGCGAUCUAAAAUGGAAGGAGGUGAAACGGGCGGCACUAAGCGAGAUGGUGGAGUACAUCACCCACAACAGGAACGUCAUCACAGAACCCAUCUACCCGGAGGUGGUUCACAUGUUUGCUGUGAAUAUGUUCAGGACGUUGCCACCAUCAUCCAACCCCACGGGUGCCGAGUUCGACCCAGAGGAAGACGAGCCCACGCUAGAGGCGGCAUGGCCACAUCUACAGCUUGUCUAUGAAUUCUUCCUACGGUUCUUAGAGUCACCUGACUUUCAACCAAACAUAGCCAAAAAGUAUAUUGACCAGAAGUUUGUAAUGCAGCUCUUAGAUCUGUUUGACAGUGAAGACCCCAGGGAAAGAGAUUUUUUAAAGACCACUCUUCAUCGCAUCUAUGGCAAGUUCCUGGGCCUGCGAGCGUACAUUAGGAAACAGAUUAAUAACAUAUUUUAUAGGUUCAUUUAUGAGACUGAACACCAUAAUGGAAUAGCAGAAUUACUGGAAAUAUUAGGCAGCAUAAUCAACGGCUUUGCAUUACCACUGAAAGAAGAGCACAAGAUUUUCCUGCUGAAAGUUCUGCUGCCAUUACACAAAGUCAAGUCUCUGAGUGUAUAUCACCCACAGCUGGCCUACUGCGUGGUACAGUUCUUAGAGAAGGAUAGCACCCUCACAGAACCGACGGUAAUGGCUUUGUUAAAGUACUGGCCAAAGACACACAGUCCAAAGGAAGUGAUGUUCCUCAAUGAGCUGGAGGAGAUUCUAGAUGUCAUUGAGCCUUCGGAGUUCGUCAAAGUCAUGGAGCCCCUCUUCAGACAGCUGGCCAAGUGUGUGUCCAGCCCUCACUUUCAGGUAGCAGAACGAGCUCUGUACUACUGGAACAAUGAGUACAUCAUGAGCCUGAUCAGUGACAACGCUGCCAAGAUCCUACCCAUCAUGUUCCCAUCUCUCUACCGCAACUCCAAGACCCACUGGAACAAGACGAUCCACGGGUUGAUCUACAAUGCUCUGAAACUCUUCAUGGAGAUGAACCAGAAGCUGUUCGACGACUGCACCCAGCAGUUCAGGGCAGAGAAAAGCAAAGAGAAAGCCAAAUGGAAAGAGAGAGAAGAAGCGUGGAUUAAGAUUGAGAAUCUUGCAAAAUCAAACCCACAGUUUCUGAUGUACAUCGACUCAGGUGGUCCAGACGGUCCGAUGGACAUGGAGACAGACGGGCCGCUGCUAGAUGACGUCAACGCGCUAAAGAAAUCAAUGGAGGAGGAAGCCACACAGAUCGAAAAAAACCAGCGUAGAGAGCGCCCGUUGAUGCGGAGGAAAUCAGAACUCCCCAAGGACAUCUGCACCGUCACGGCCUUGGAGUUGCACCGGAGGGCAGAGGAAAUGUUGACAACUCAUGACGGCCACUAAGAGACCACCCCAGAUCCACCGUAAACCAGCAGCAGCAGCAGCAGCAGCAGCAUCCACCACAACACAGGCCCGCCGAGGCCAGCACAACAACAACACGACUCUGGUAUCUCAGUCCAGCCCAGCACAACACAGAACUGAAGAACAGUCCCAGCUCCACCUGACACACAAAAAUGUCUAAAGCCGCACACCUACGUCCAGGUUCGGCUUUUUCCAGGACGGGCGGCGCUCGAUCCCCCGCCCCCCCCCCCCCAAACACUCUGGUUGUUGUCCAGCGGAGAUGUCUGUGGUGCUGGACGGCCCUGCAUGACCGCGACACGCACCGUGCCCUGAUCCUCACCCAACAUACUGUAGUGUCUCCUUUCCCCUCCAGUUGUUUUUCCCUCCUCCUGUACGCUCAGCUGUUUAUUUCGGGGUGCUGUGCUGCCCCCUUCUGGUCAUUUCUCUCAGGUGUUCUGUUCUGUGUGUGUGUGUGUGUGUGUGUGAGUGAGUGUGUGUGAGCAGUUUUCUUCUUGCCUCUUCUUUAUAGAUGUCAGGUGCUUGUACAAAUAAUAUGAGCCCCACACAUUAACCUCCACAUAGGACGUCUCCGGUGUGAUUUUCUUUUUUUAAACAAAACAUUGAUUUGUUUCUAUAUAUUUAAUAUUUUUCUCAUAACAUUUAAACAGCACAGAUGUUUAAACAAGACAGCUGUUUAUAUUUUUUCCUACAUAGUAUAUCAGGAGCUCCUCUCUGAGUCAAACACACUUCCUGUUCUGUUUGGAGCUUGUAAUUUUUUUAUUUUUUUUUUUUUACUUUAAUUUUCCAUUAGCUGUGAAGACUCAUUGAUCGCUCUGUUAAUCAGGACGGGGUCAUCUGGGACUCCCAGUCGAGUGUCUGGAUUAAAAGCAUCACAACAUCAAACAGUGCUGGCCUGACGGAGGUCCAGGUUUUCCAUUUAUUUUUUAAAUUUGUUUUUUUUUUUUUACCAGAUUCGGUGCCAACCUCUCUCAUGAAUAUAGCUCCUUUACUUAAAAAAAAAGACUCUUUUAAAUGUGUAGGCAAUAAGUUCACGUAGGUGGCAGUUGUGCGUCGGCAGCUCAAACGAUGGUCAGAGAGUUUAUUACAGAUUCAGAUCCAUUCGAUCGGCCGGUGGGAUUAGCCUUGCCGCGGCAGUUACAUGAGAGGGGAUUGUGGGAUUUAUUUUUGGGUUGCCCGAUGCAUCCAGCCGUUGUUGGAGUGUGUCGAACACGGUCAUUAGCAUUCAGUACAAGCCGCUGUCAUUCAUGUGAGGCUUACGAGAGGUCAGAGAUGUAGUCGCUCGUCUGGGAUUUCCACAGUGUCGCGUCGAGAGAAGUCAAACGGGGGGCAGAAACUGUGCUGAUGGCGCAGAUCGCUUUUUUCUACUCUUCUCAAGCAAGACCCUUUUGUUUAUAAAACACUUGUUCGAGAUCAGACCACUCCAUAGACGAGGUAUGUUUGGUUUGAAGAGGUCAUACAGUAAGCCUUUCUUUUCACAGUGCCUUUUAUAGUCUAAGGGGAUAUUUGCUCAACUGAGAAUCGAGUAGUAGCUAUAAACUAUAAUGCCAGGUGUGUUUAAAAGACAGUUGUAACAUUGGUUUCCAAAAAACAGAUGCGUUUCAAGUCCGUACUUGACACACUUCCAGAUGCUUGGACUCCAGCACAUGCCUUGUCGAAGCUACAAAGUCGAUUAUUUUUUCAUAGUCGGAAGCUAGAGAGGAGAAGCAAAUGAAGCACUUCCUGAUAAAACUUGAAAGAAAAUAGAAACGCAACUGAAAAAAAAAAAGAGUAAAGAUUUGAAAUCCGUGAUGCUGUCUGUCUUGGUGUGUGGGUUCACCUCCCCUGGGUGCCUGUCAGCGAGAGCACAGGAGAGGAAAUCGCCUCCCAUCGUGACUUUUUGUCCCAUUCUGCUUAAGAUUCGUACCGUUGUUUGACCCCCUUCGGCCCAGACCUGCACACUGGCUGUAACCCCUCCCUCACCACCCUGCAGGGCUCGUUAUUUGGACACGUGUUUGAUCUGCUUCUGGAUGCUUGCAAGUUGUUCUUUUUUUGUGGUUUUUAUUCUUCCUUUGCCUGCAGAACCUCCCUAUCAGUGUUUCAACUGAAUGUGCAAAUUGUAAAUAAUACAGUCGCGUUGUUCCGUUCUCUCCAUGUUUGUCUCGAAGAACAGCUUUCACCACAGGCCUUUAAGAAAACUCCUUCAGUUGUCCACAUCCUCUGAUUGCUGGUUGUCCCUUUGGUGACUGUUGUUCUUCUCAAAAUGGCUUUAAUAUUGGCUUCUUUGGAGCUCUCUUCGUUUUACAUAAGCUUUGUUUUCUUUUUUUCUCUGAAAAGAAUGAAGUGUCCUUUAGUAUACGUCUCAUACUAAAUGGCUUCAUCUAAUAUUGUACAUAUAAUGUACUUUUAUUUUAUGUUAUAACUAUUAUUAAAUGGUAGAUUUCAUAUUUUGUACAAAUCACCCAGUGUACAGAAUACAGAGGUUAUUAGCAACUGCAGACAGUUGGUAUGUGGCACAGACUUCAACACAUGUGACUAUUUACAUUUAGAAAAUCGUAUAGAAUUUGGAUAGUUUUUUAUCUAUUUGUAAUCUGACAUCUUUUCCGUUUUUUUUUUUCAUCUCCAGACAUGUGUUGAGAUUCUACAUACAUGAGCUUUUUGUGUGUGCUUUUAACCAAAUCUCCAGUGGUGUACAUCUAUCUAUAUACAGCAAAUAAAGAGAACAUGUGAGUUUUAUAUUUUCAUCCUAAAA